AAAACUUCUGCAGAAAUUGAGGGUGUGGCUGGUCCAGCCACGUGGCAUGUUUUGAUCUACACAGUACACUAGCCAGAUAUAGAUAUAAUGAAAUGUGUGACUCGAAACCACCUUUAUCGCACAGCAUCACUAGAUCUAUUUAACAUCCAAUGGAAAAGGUUGUGCUGCUCUGCUACCCCGUGUUAUGAUGUGGUUGUGGUAGGGGGUGGUCACGCUGGAGUGGAGUCAGCUGCUGCGGCCAGGAGAAUGGGUGCCAGUACUGCACUAAUCACUCAGAAGAGGAGCACCAUUGGAGAGAUGUCAUGCAAUCCUUCAUUCGGAGGUAUUGGUAAAGGCCACUUGAUGAGGGAGAUAGAUGCACUGGACGGUCUGUGUGCUAAGGUGUGUGAUAAAUCUGGCAUUCAAUUCCGAGUGCUCAAUACAAGGAAAGGACCUGCGGUGUGGGGCUUGAGGGCGCAGAUAGAUCGGGACCAAUACCGUAGGAACAUGCAGGAGGAAGUAGAACAUCUGGAGAGGGAGGGGCUGAAACUUAUUGAGGCUUCUGUGGAGGACAUCGAGAUAUCUGAUGAUGGAAAAGUGCAGGGAGUCUGCUUAGGAUCUGGUGAGGUGUUGAAAUGCAAGACUGUGGUUCUUACUACCGGCACAUUUCUUAGAGGAAGAAUUCAAAUUGGACUGGAGAGUAUGCCUGCUGGUAGGAGAGGUGAUGCCCCUGCCAUUGGCUUGUCCACGACUCUAGAAAGAGCUGGAUUCACACUAAAGAGGCUCAAAACUGGAACUCCUCCUCGUAUCAGUGGCCGAACUAUCAACUACUCUGUUCUUGAGCAACAGCUGGGAGAUGACCCACCCACACCUUUCUCUUUCCUAAAUGAGAUCAGCGGGUUAAAGAUUGAGCAGAAGAGCUGCUAUUUGACGCAUACCAACCAGAGCACCAAUCAAAUAGUCCUGGACAACAUGCAUCUUAACAGACACGUAUUGGAGGAGGUCACUGGACCCAGGUACUGCCCAUCCAUUGAGUCGAAGGUACUGAGGUUUCCAGGGAGAAGUCAUCAAGUGUGGCUGGAGCCAGAGGGGGUGGAAACUGAUGUGGUGUACCCUAAUGGCAUAUCCUGCACACUGCCUGAAGAGAUACAGCAGCAGCUGGUGAAUACUAUAGCUGGUCUAGAGAAUGCAAAAAUGAUUCAUCCAGGUUACGGAGUUGAGUAUGACUGUAUCGACCCCCGACAGCUGUUCCCCACUCUGCAAACCAAAAGAGUGUCAGGACUGUUUCUGGCUGGUCAGAUCAACGGCACUACUGGAUAUGAGGAGGCUGCAUGUCAGGGUCUGAUAGCUGGCAUCAAUGCUGCGUUGAAUGGCAUGUGUAAGGGGUAUGACUUCAUCUUGGACCGCUCCACUGCUUACAUUGGAGUGCUCAUCGAUGACCUCACCACUAACGGAACCACUGAGCCGUACAGAAUGUUCACCAGUCGAGCUGAGUACAGAUUGCUACUGAGACCAGACAAUGCUGACACAAGGCUGACUAGAAAAGGUUAUGAGGUGGGCUGUGUGAACGAGGAGAGACUGAGAAUGUCCGAAGACAUGGAGAAAAAAGUGAUGGAGGGAAUGGAAGUUCUCAAGGACAUAUCUCUUUUUCCUAAUGUGUGGAAGAAGAUGUUGGACAUAUCUCUGACAGAAGACGGAGUCAAGAAAAGUGCCUGGACCAUGCUGAACCAUCAAGAUGUGUCGGUCAAUAAACUGGCAGCUGUGUUUCCAGAGCAUGCACAGAAGUUGACGGCAAACCCAGCUGUUACUGCAAGACUGGGGAUUGAAGGCCACUACUCUCAGAUGGUGAACAGACAGUGGUCAGAUAUUCAGGAAAUAAGGAGAUCAGAGUCCAUCCAAAUCCCAACUCACCUCUCUUAUAACGGGUUGCAUCAUAUCUCGGCUGAAUGUAGGGAGAAGUUGUCGCUAAUCAAACCAGCCACCAUUGGAGCAGCAAGCAGAAUUGAUGGAGUCACACCUGCGGCCAUACUGCACUUACUGCACUCAGUACAGAAGAUGAACAGAGCAUGCUAGCGUGUAAUUAACAUGUCGAAAAUAGUUUCUGAACACUUUAUGUUUAUGCACGAACAUUCAGUCUUAAUUUGUGCACGUGAAUGCAGAUGUGGCGAUGAAAAUUAAUGUGCGCUUUAAUAUAAUUUUGCCAUU